CACACACACACACACACACAAAAAAGAAGAUGAAUGGUUUUAUCCUUGUGCUUCCCGGUCACUGAGGGGCGAAUUAUGCCAGCAGCGCCAGAGUUCUUCUCCCUGGUGACGUACCAGUCCUUAAGUCAAACCGCUCCGCACCGUCCAAGUCAAUUGCUCUCUCCUGGUAGGCAGCGAUUGAUGCUGCUAGACAGGCCAAGGCUGCACAAACCAUGAGCACCAACACCCCCGCACCUGUCGGAUCUCUAUCCCAAAGAAAACGGCAGCAGUAUGCCAAAAGCAAGAAGCAGGGCAACAAUGCGAACAGCAGGCCUCCCCGAGCACUGUUCUGUUUAACCCUCAACAACCCUAUCAGGAGAGCCUGUAUCAGCUUGGUCGAAUGGAAGCCUUUUGAUAUCUUUAUAUUAAUUGCAAUUUUUGCCAACUGCGUGGCCUUAGCUAUUUACAUCCCCUUUCCCGCAGAUGACUCCAAUUCAACGAAUCAUGAUCUGGAAACAGUAGAAUAUGCCUUCCUUAUAGUUUUUACAAUUGAAACGUGUUUGAAGAUUUUUGCAUAUGGAUUAGCAAUGCACAAAAAUGCUUAUGUAAGAAAUGGAUGGAACAUGCUGGAUUUUAUCAUUGUAGUAGUAGGGUUAUUUAGUGUUGUCUUGGAACAACUAACCAAAGAGGGAGAUGGAGACAACCACUCUGGUGGAAAGCCAGGCGGCUUCGAUGUUAAAGCCCUAAGAGCCUUCCGUGUGCUGCGUCCGCUCCGACUAGUGUCAGGGGUGCCCAGCUUGCAAGUUGUUUUGAAUUCCAUUAUAAAAGCCAUGGUCCCUCUUCUCCACAUUGCCCUGUUGGUGUUGUUUGUAAUCAUAAUCUAUGCCAUUAUAGGACUGGAGCUUUUUAUUGGAAAAAUGCACACAACGUGUUAUAUUCCUGGUACAGAUUUAAUAGCAGAAGAUGAACCGGCACCAUGUUCAGUCUCAGGUGAUGGGCGCAUAUGCCCCAUCAAUGGCACUGUAUGCAGGGAAGGGUGGCAUGGUCCAAAUGGAGGCAUCACCAACUUUGACAAUUUUGCCUUCGCCAUGUUAACUGUGUUUCAGUGCAUAACGAUGGAGGGUUGGACUGAUGUGUUAUAUUGGAUGAAUGAUGCCAUGGGAUAUGAGUUACCAUGGGUUUAUUUUGUCAGUCUGGUCAUCUUUGGAUCAUUUUUCGUGCUAAAUCUUGUUCUUGGUGUGUUGAGCGGAGAGUUUUCGAAGGAGAGAAUGAAGGCAAAGGCCCGUGGAGAUUUCCAGAAGCUGCGGGAGAAGCAGCAGCUGGAGGAUGAUAUGACUGGGUACCUGGACUGGAUCACCCAAGCAGAGGACAUCGACCCCGAAAACGACGAGGGCAACCAAAAGAACGGCAAACGAAGAAAGAAGAAAGGAAAGUUUGGUUUGUUCAACCAUUCAACUGGUACACAUGCAAGUCUGCCCACAAGUGAAACUGAAUCUCUAAAUGCAGAGAAUGUGAGCGGUGAAACGGUGUGCUGUGGAACUCUGUGUCAAAAAAUUUCAAAGUCUAAGUUCAGUCACCGCUGGGCUCACUGGAACAGGUUCAGCCGCAGGAAGUGCAGGGUUGCGGUGAAGUCAGUCAUGUUCUAUUGGCUGGUCAUUGUCCUGGUCUUUCUCAACACGUUAACCAUCUCAUCAGAGCAUUACAACCAGCCCUUCUGGCUCACUCAAGUCCAAGAUAUUGCAAACAAGGUUCUCCUGUCCUGCUUCACCUGUGAAAUGUUGGUGAAAAUGUACAGCCUGGGUCUGCAGGCGUACUUUGUCUCGCUCUUCAACCGGUUUGACUGCUUCGUAGUGUGCGGUGGAAUCGUAGAAACGAUACUGGUAGAGCUGGAAGUGAUGUCACCUCUUGGAAUCUCAGUGUUUCGAUGCGUGCGUCUCUUAAGGAUUUUCAAAGUGACAAGGCACUGGACAUCUCUGAGUAACCUGGUGGCUUCCCUGCUGAACUCCAUGAAGUCCAUCGCCUCCCUGCUGCUACUGCUCUUCCUCUUCAUCAUCAUAUUCGCACUUCUGGGAAUGCAGGUCUUUGGGGGCAAGUUCAACUUUGAUGAGACGCUAACGAAAAGGAGCACCUUCGAUAACUUCCCACAAGCUCUGCUAACGGUGUUCCAGAUUCUCACAGGAGAAGACUGGAAUUCUGUGAUGUAUGACGGCAUAAUGGCAUAUGGAGGCCCAUCAUCCUCUGGAAUGAUAGUUUGCAUAUACUUUAUUAUUCUCUUUAUCUGUGGUAACUAUAUCCUUCUAAAUGUCUUCUUGGCUAUUGCUGUGGAUAACCUGGCUGGUGCUGAAAGUCUAAACGCUGCGCAGAAAGAGGAAGCAGCAGAAAAACAAAGGAAGAAGCGCGCCAGAAGUGGAAGUUUAGACAAUGAAGAAGAGGCAAAGGCUCCUGAAGCAAAGGUUCCAGUGGAAGAUGAGGAUGAAAAGGAUCCCUACCCAGCAGGAGAUGUCCUGGGCGAGGAGGAAGAGGAUGAGCCUGAAGUCCCAGUUGGGCCCCGGCCUCAGAAGCUGUCUGAUCUGACCAUGAAUGAGAAGGUCACCCCCAUCCCUGAGGGCAGCUCCUUCUUCAUCUUCAGCAAGACCAACAUAAUUCGGGUUGGGUGUCACAAGCUCAUUAACCAUCACAUCUUCACAAACCUGAUCCUGGUCUUUAUAAUGCUCAGCAGUGUAUCGCUGGCAGCUGAGGACCCCAUACGCAACUUCUCUGCUCGCAAUAUUAUACUUGGUUACUUUGACUAUGCAUUCACGUCAAUCUUUACUGUUGAAAUCGUGCUGAAGAUGACUGCCUUUGGGGCAUUUCUCCACCAGGGGGCGUUCUGCAGAAAUUAUUUUAACCUGCUGGAUUUGCUGGUGGUGGGGGUCUCCCUGGUUUCUUUUGGAAUUCAGUCAUCAGCUAUCUCUGUAGUGAAGAUCCUUCGAGUGCUGCGUGUGCUGAGGCCUCUCAGAGCAAUCAACAGAGCCAAGGGACUCAAGCACGUGGUCCAGUGUGUUUUUGUUGCCAUCCGAACCAUCGGCAACAUUAUGAUCGUUACAACCUUACUGCAGUUCAUGUUCGCCUGCAUUGGAGUACAGCUAUUUAAGGGCAAGUUCUAUCGGUGCACAGAUGAGGCAAAGACAAUUCCUGAAGAAUGCAAGGGAACCUACGUUGUUUAUAAGGACGGAGAUGUGAACCACCCGAUGGUUCGGAAUCGAAUUUGGCGCAACAGUGAUUAUAACUUCGACAAUGUGCUGAGUGCCAUGAUGGCUCUCUUCACUGUCUCCACUUUUGAAGGCUGGCCUGCGCUUUUAUACAAAGCAAUAGACUCCAACGGAGAGAAUAUCGGGCCUGUCUACAACAACCGAGUGGAGAUCUCCAUCUUCUUCAUCAUCUACAUCAUCAUCAUUGCCUUCUUCAUGAUGAACAUCUUUGUAGGUUUCGUGAUCGUCACAUUCCAGGAGCAGGGAGUGAAAGAGUACAAGAACUGUGAGCUGGGCAAAAACCAGCGCCAGUGUGUGGAAUAUGCCCUCAAGGCCCGGCCUCUGCUCAGAUACAUCCCCAAGAACCCAUACCAGUACAAGUUCUGGUAUGUGGUGAACUCCACUGGCUUUGAGUACGUCAUGUUCAUCCUCAUCAUGCUCAACACCCUGUGUCUGGCCAUGCAGCACUAUGGGCAGUCCCCUCUCUUUAACUACGUCAUGGAUAUUCUCAACAUGGUCUUCACUGGCGUCUUCACUGUGGAAAUGGUUUUGAAACUCAUUGCUUUUAAACCAAGGGGUUAUGUGGAGGAUGCCUGGAACGUGUUUGAUGCCCUUGUCGUUAUUGGCAGCAUUGUAGACAUCGUUCUCAGUGAAAUCGACAAUAUUGGGAGUUUGGAAGAGCUGACAGAAAGCCCCGCAGUGGGAGAGACUGGGAACUCAGAAGAGAGCGCUAGAAUCUCCAUCACAUUCUUCCGCUUGUUCCGUGUGAUGCGAUUGGUCAAGCUGCUAAGCAGAGGGGAGGGCAUCCGGACACUCCUGUGGACAUUUGUAAAGUCAUUUCAGGCUUUGCCAUAUGUUGCUCUUCUGAUAGCCAUGUUGUUUUUCAUCUACGCUGUAAUUGGAAUGCAGAUCUUCGGAAAAGUUGCCAUGGUGGACAAUACACAAAUAAACAGAAAUAACAAUUUCCAGACCUUCCCACAGGCUGUUCUCCUGCUGUUCAGGUGUGCUACAGGGGAAGAGUGGCAGGAGAUCAUGCUGGCAUGCCUGCCUGGUAAACGCUGUGACCCUGAGUCAGACUAUGGUCCUGGGGAGGAAUUCACAUGUGGAAGCAACUUUGCCAUUAUUUAUUUCAUUACUUUUUAUAUGCUGUGCGCCUUUUUGAUCAUCAACUUGUUUGUCGCUGUCAUCAUGGACAAUUUUGACUAUCUGACACGGGAUUGGUCAAUUCUCGGCCCCCAUCAUUUGGAGGAAUUCAAGAGGAUAUGGUCAGAAUAUGACCCAGGAGCAAAGGGCAGAAUAAAACACCUCGAUGUGGUCACGCUGCUCCGGCGCAUUCAGCCACCACUUGGCUUUGGCAAGCUUUGCCCACACAGAGUGGCAUGCAAGAGAUUAGUAGCCAUGAACAUGCUAUUAAACAGUGAUGGGACUGUUAUGUUCAAUGCCACGUUAUUUGCCUUGGUAAGAACAGCUCUGAAGAUCAAAACAGAGGGUAACCUUGACCAGGCCAAUGAGGAGCUGCGAGCGGUCAUCAAGAAGAUCUGGAAGACGACCAACAUGAAGCUGCUGGACCAACUGGUUCCUCCCGCUGGCGAUGAUGAGAUAACCAUGGGGAAGUUCUAUGCCACCUUCCUGAUACAGGACUACUUUAGGAAAUUCAAGAAUCAUAAAGAGCAAGGCCUUGUGGGGAGACUUCCAUCAAAGAACAGCACUGUGGCUUUACAGGCUGGUCUGCAGACCCUGCAUGAUAUUGGGCCUGAGAUUCGACGAGCAAUAUCAUGUGACCUGCAAGAUGAGGAUGUUAUAGAUGUUAAUCCUGAGGAAAAUGAGGAUAACUAUAAGCAAAAUGGUGGCCUCUUCGGCAACAAUGUGAAUCAUGUCAAUGGCAAUGACAACAGAAGGAACUCUGUAAAACAGACCAACACCACACAGCGCCCUCUGGAGGUCAAAACGAAAGCCUUUGAUACCGAGAAGCCGACUCUGUCCAGCAAAACUGAGAACGCCCCGUCUCAUAACCAUCACAACUCUGUCUCAAAGACAGCACCAAACUCCACCAAUGCCAACAUGCCCCUCAUUCCUAACGGAAAACACAAUGGCAAUCGGACCCAGGACCAUCUCUCCACCAACGGUUACCCUUCCCACGGGCCAUACGUCAAGGGAGAUCUGUAUGAAACGCACAGAAAAACCAGCGGCAAAAGGUCCGACCCUGGGGACAGCCACUUCCCCACUAUCCAGCGUGGAGAGCCUCCGAUGGAUGAGCACCACCAAGAGGAUCACUACUCCAGAGAGCAGGAGUAUUACAGCGGGGAGGAGCUGUACGAAGAAGACAGCAUGCAGUCAGGAGACGGGAGAUCAUAUAAGGAACACCAAGAGAGAUUUCACACCAGUGACGUUGACUAUGAAACCGCUAAAGGCUACCAUCACCCUUACGGAUACUAUGAUGAGCAGAAUCAGCAGAGCUAUCAUGACCCCCGGCGUUCUCCGAAGAGACGGUUGCUCCCUCCCACGCCACAAGUGAACCGGAGACCAUCCUUUAACUUUGAGUGUCUGCGUGGACAAGGCAGCCAAGAUGAAGUCCCGCUGACUCCUGCAUUCCACCAGCACACCGCCCUCCCACUGCAUUUAAUGCAGCACCAGGUGAUGGCUGAGGCAGGACAAGAUUCUAACAGAGCUCAAAGGCUCUCGCCAACACGGUCAACUCGCUCUUGGGCGACCCCGCCAGACACUCCUGUCAGCAAGGAGCGCCCUCCCUACUACACCCCUCUCAUCCGCGUGGACAGACCCCACCGCAGAGACCAUGUCAACGGCAGCCUUGCAUCAAAGCACAUGAGCUCCUGGUACACAGAUGACCCUGAUUAUCCCUACAAGGCAUACACGUCUGCACACUUAAAGAUCCCUGCGGAGUUUCGACAUAAUUACCAUGAAAAUAGAGGGAGCGCAGCCAGUUUGGUUGAGGCGGUAUUAAUAGCUAAAGGACUGGGAAGGUACGCGAAAGAUCCAAAGUUUGUAUCGGCCACAAAGCAUGAGAUUGCGGACGCUUGCGACAUGACAAUAGACGAGAUGGAAAGCGCAGCGAGCAAUCUUCUCAAUGGCAACAUGACGGCUCCCGCCAAUGGAGAAGUGUUCCCCAUUUUAAGCAGGUGGGACUAUGAGCGUCACGACUUAGGUGCUGGCUACAGUGACGAAGAACCAGACUCUGUGAAAUACGAGGAGGAUUUAGCAGACGAAAUGAUUGCAUUGCGACUUUAUAGCACUUGCUAAAGGGGAGAAUGCACGGAUUGUGUAACAAACAAAAGAAGUGCCUUGCUGGAAUAUUUUAAGUCACUAGCUGGAUUAACAGGCGAUUUGGGAAAGUGUGAUUGACGCAGCCAGCUGAAGCCAUUCUUUUGAUUACUAAUAGUUACACUCAGAACUCUAGAGGGAAACCUGCUUUGGUAAGGUACACACACCCCCCUCCCCCCUGUGGGGUCAAGAAAUAGAAACAUACAUGCAUUCUAACAGGUGAGGUGUGUCACUGGUGAUGACAAUCGGAUAGAGAGUGUCAUCACCUCAGCCACUUUGUACUGCGUUAACAUAUCAAGAAAAUACAUUGCAAAACAUUGCAAAAAGACAACAGCAUACCCACUGUAUGUGUCCAGAUAUAACCUUAUUAAUCAAAUUCUUCGAAUAGUCUUCUACAUUUUUUUUCCAAUUGUUCUUUCAAUGGCACCACCGACAUUAGUUUUCAGUCAUUAAAUGAUACCAGUUUACACAAACCAAUCACUUUUUACUUUUUUGUAUUCUCAAGCUAUUUAGAGAUUUAGUCUGUUUCUAUGACCAUCAUAAUAAAUGCAUUAC